GCUUGGAAUCGUAUUUUGACGGAAGUCGAAAAUGUUCGAGAUAAGGCGGACAGUAUGCUACGGUUAUUUCCGGCAAAUCUUACAGGCGAAGGCUUGUUUGGUCUUGCCGAAGCUGCUAUUUCGAAAAUGACUGAGUCGUUGCCUGGAGUGGAUCAGCUGGUAACUUAUACAUUCAAACAUGGUGGAAGCCCAUUGAUGGACUUACCUUUGGCUGUUAAUCCGAGUGGAUGUGCAAGAUGCGAACCGCGGUUUCGAACACUUAUCAAGCACAAGCGUCGCCGUAACCAACCUGCAGUAGCUGCUGCUGCUCGGCCAUCUGCCAGUAUGGAUGUGCUCGCGCGUGAUACCAGAAGUUCCUUUUCAGUGUUUUUUAACUAUCGAACGGGUGUAACAAAAUUCGAAAGAAUUUCCCAGCUAAGGAAAUAG